AUGUAUGAUUUGGAUGAAGUUCACGAAAUCAUUGCUAAGAAAUUUGAAGAAACUGAAAUAUUCAACGAUCCUGUAAAAUUCAUCCUUGAAGUUGAGUUGGAUCAAGACCUUCUUAUUGAAUUCUCUUUAGAUCAGCAAA